AGAGGAAGAAUUAUUAUUAUUAUUUUUUUUUCAAAAGCUCAAGAAUUAAGAGCCAAUCGCUUCCUCAAAAGUAAUAAAUAGAAUCAUAGAACAAUGAAAUAGCAUCCAAAGCAGGUAUUUUUCUUCUUCUUUUUUAAUAACUUGCAUAUUGGAAUUGAAAUUUCAGAGAGAGAGUUCUACUUUUAAUGACAUACAUAAUCUUCAAAAGCUAGAACGUCAACAAAAAAAAAAACAAUGGAGCGAAGAUUAGAUUUGCCAGCAAGAUUUUUCAAAGUCAUUUUACCCUCAACCACUAUCCAACACAAACUUAGGCUCCCGAACACUUUUGUGGAGGCAUACAAGCACGAACUCUCCAAUGUUGUCGAACUCACUGAUCGAAUUGGUGGUAUUUGGCUUGUGAGAUUGGAGGAGGAGGAAGAGAUACUUUGGCUUGAUCGUGGUUGGGAUAAGUUUUUUCAGGACCAAUCCAUUGAACAUGGAUACUUUGUACUCUUUAAAUACAGAGGGAACUCGAGCUUCAAAGUCCACAUAUUUGACAUGACAGCCACUGAGGUUCACCAUCCAUUAUGUAACAGUCGUAAUUUUGGACAAACCAGUUAUCGUCCAAGGAAUUCUCUCCCUGAAAGAGAAGAGCAAAGUGAUGACGAUUCUGUUACAAUUCCAGAUUCCGUCCCCACAGAACUAUUGGCCCGCCCUUUGAGAAGUGUUGCUCCAAAUGGACAUGUGGUUCGGUCAAGACGAGAUGAAAAGCGAUCAUGCCGUGGUAGAAAAAGGAACUUGGGGAAGAAGGCCAUACACAAUACAGGAACAAAUCUGCUUACAUAUCCUUCAUUCACGGUCAAAAUGAAACCUAACCUGACUCCACGAUGGGUAUUGUACGUGCCAGCUCAAUUUGCUAGGGACCAUCUGCCAAAUUUUCCGGGGCAUAUUGAACUUCACGAUUCUGAUGGUAAGAGGUGGCCGGUUAGUGUCAAUAUGAGACAUGGUUUGGUGCGUUACUUAUGUUGGGCGACAUUUGCAAAAGCCAAAAAAAUAAAGGUUGGCGACGUGUGCGUGUUCGAACUAAUCCAUGUCAAUAAACCUGUUGCCCUGAAAGUCUCCAAGCUUUGCAAGACGAGCAGAGUGCUGAGACAAAUAUGAGACAUCAGACUGGGAAUGAUUUUCAGUUAGGAACAAAUCAGUUUUACUUUGAUUAAUUCCCCCAUCCCCUUCCCUUUUAGUGUUUUGAGAGAAGCAGACUUUGUGGCUAAUGAAAAAUUGUAAUGAAAAUUGAAGACAAUUUCUGAAUGUAGUUAAAAGCAAGAACCAUGCUUGAACAUCUAACCUUACCUUCAAAAACUUUUUUUUUCUUUUG